GUCCCGCGCGCUUGCUCGCAGCUGCGGUGAUGCUGAUGGAGUGUUUUCGCUCGCGGUGCUGGAGAUGUGAUGGGUGUUCUGGAGUUCGUCUCUGAUCGUCAUGUUUCCCGGGGUCCUUUACGCUGUUGGCAAUUUCUUUAUGCGCGGUCAUGUCCUCUCCGCCAAACUGUCCCUCGGCACCGACUACCUGAAGGGCGUGUGUGAGACCGGCCUGAGGACGUGGGGCGAGCAGAGGAGGUUCACGCAGCACAACGACACGAGCGCGUGCGACUGGCUGCACAUCCCUCUCAGACUGCUGUGUGGAGGUCUGCUGUUCACCUGUAACGCUGUUAUGUGGACGUUCCUGGCCAAAGCUCUCCGCAGCUCGUGCUCCUCCACCCGCACCACUGUGACCACCACCGCCUCCAACUUCAUCUCCUCUGCGUUUCUGGGGCAGCUAAUAUUCAGAGACGGUGGCCUGUGGUGGUGUGGCACCCUCCACUCUCUCCCGCCCUCUGCGCUUCAUCACACGUCGCCCAAUCUCACCCAAUCACACGACAGCAAGAGAGAAUGAGGAUGUUGACAUGCAUGCUGCAUUACUAGAUGAGUUCGGUGUGUGUUAUAAACUGAUCAGAAGGCACUGAUAUCACCACUGUUCAUACUCUAUGUGGCUCCAACUUCUUUAAGACACGCAAACCUCUCAGUCUUACCCAGAGUUUAUUUUUCGUUGUCUUCACUGCACAAGUGUUGCUCAAAGUGCUUGAGAUUAAAUGUGAAAUCGGAGAAACUGAAAUGUUCUCGCAGCUGGAAAUCUACUGUCAUGCAAAGA